AAUUCGGAAAUAACCAGGGCCCUUGGCUUCCACAGCAGCUUAGCCAAAUGCUCUAUGAAGUAUUUUACUAUGAUUACAUAUAGCUCAGUUUGGUAUUUCUAAGCAGUGUAAAAGUCUCUGUUGAUUUUUUUGUUUUUCCAGGCCUCAGCUUGCUCAGGUAGAUGCUUUUUCAUCCUCCCCUUAGAAGGAGGCAGGGGUGAAGAAGAGGCAGCUUUUCUGAUGCCUUUGGGCUGCCAAAAGCGUUAGCCAGGAUCCAGCUCCCUCUUGCGGGGAGCUGCUCAGCAGGAGGGAGAUAGAUGCAGCAUCCGCAGGGAAAGAUCUGGUUCUGUUCAGUUACUGCUCUGUUGAUUCUGGUCCUUGCUCUAGGUUUUAAACUCUUCUUAAACAGAAUAGUUUCAGCUCUGGUCAUUUACUGGCAAGUUCUGGGCUCUCCCUGUUUGUGCAUUAAGCAUGGUUCUAGGCCAGGGAUGAGGGCAAGCCUAGUCUCUGCAGCUGGGCUUGCCUCAAACUCUCCAGUUGCAGGACAAGAAAUAACCCUCCUUUGGAAACAGAUGAAAUGCAAGCACCAGGUUAACCAAGAUCAGCGAAGGAUUCAUCUGCUGUACCUGUUCACCACUGAUGGCCUUUAGCUGUUCUGAGAAGCAUGGCCCUGGGUUACAUUUGCCGACAAAAGCAUUCUGUGCUUUACUCGGUUGUCUGAGGAGAGUAUCUACGUCAGGUCGUGGCAGACAACUGAGCCAAGUACGCUCCUGUGGGGUGCAACAGCAUGAACAGCUCUAGCUUGCUGAAAACCUGCGGUUCUGUUUAACGAUGAAGCGUAGUGCCCUUGAUGAGCUGGUCUUGUAGCACAAAAUCAAGCACCCUCUGUGUGUGUGUGGGGGGUUGCUUUAGGUCAGAAUACAAUUUCUGCUCGGUUUGGUACAGCAGACACCAAGUACGAUGCCCUGAGGAAAGUGAGCCUGAUCUGAUCCUGUGUCUGAAAUUCUUGUAAGUGGGACACAAAAAUGUCUCUGAUCUACAGCCAACAAUUAUCCUGUUCUCCCUCGUUAGCUCAGGAAAAUCGUGUUCUAGGUUACCCUACGCGAGCCCCGCGCUGUCACCCAGACCCAUCUGUCCUUGCUUCCUCCCCGAGCCCGGUAGGUACCGGUCCUGUGACUCCCGCUGCAGAAAGCUGAACUUACCUGCUUCACUUCCCUGCUAAACUACAGAGGGAAGAAUAUUGUGCUUUAAGGACUGAAAGUAAGCAACAGCUUUCACAACACUUUCCACAGCACUUUUACAAGUCUUGCUUGAGUUUCAGCCGAGGAGCCCAAAUGAAGUGGUGGGUAUUGGUUUUAAAUCCUACCAGUGCAGGCAGAGGUGGCUGCGGAGCUUGCUCGGAGCACGUGAGAGCAUGACUUCUCACAGCUGCAGCACAGUAAUUUGUAUUUCUUUUUGCAGAAUCUGUGUCAUCACCUUGGCAGAAGCCCAUCCUCUUCUUCAAAGUGGAAAAACAAUUAAAAGCGUCAAUUACCAAAUCAGCGCCAACUGUAGCAGACUCCAGAAUAAGGUCUCUGGGAAGUCAAAAAGGGGAGCCCAGUUUUUAACAGAACUUGCCCCUCUGUGCAGGAUAUCUUCGUCGGAUGGAGAGGAAUACACUGUUUAUAGUUGUAUACGAGGGCGACUGAUAGAAGUGAAUGAAAACAUUCUUAGCAAUCCUGCUAUUCUGCAAGAAAAGCCAUCAACCGAGGGAUACAUCGCAGUGGUUCUACCCAAAUUUGAAGAAAGCAAGAGUAUAACUCAGGGACUUCUGACACAGAAGGAGUAUGAGGAAGUUUUGUCGAAACGUCUUAAUUCUUCAUGAAAUUACGUAUACAGUUCUCAUCUGUAUUUGAUACUAAAUAAGACUUUUAUUGUACACUGUAACUUUCAUGGUAUCGAAA